AUGCCCGGUAGUGGCAGUGUCGCGCGCUAUCCCCUGGUGCGUGUGAGAGGAGGGGCAGCGAUGCUGUUCGCCGCCCUGAUCAGCUCUCUUCCGCCGCCGGCGCAGGUGGCGCUUCGCAGAGUCCUUUUGGUCAUCCCCGUCAUGGCCGUAGCAAAGGUGCAGCGGGCUGCCGUAUUGAUGUUUGUGAGGCGGGUGCUUCUUCCCCUCCUCACCGACGCCUUCCCAGCAGUCUGUGGCGCCCUCGAAGGAGUCAAGCUUAAUUCGUCAUCCGCCACGCUGAUCGCAGCGCUAUCGCAUGCCGUGACCGCCUACUCCCUCACGGAGAAGCUGAUGAAGGCGGACCGGGCGGCCUCGCUCGCGUUUACGACGGGCACCACUGCGUGUCUCUUUAACGAAGAGGAACACCUUCGUCUCCUCCUGGGCGCUGUGGUGGACGCCGAAGCGCCAUCACUGCCCUCAGCGCUGCUCAGCGCCCCGCGUCCUGCUCUGACUGCCGGUGCGCCGCGAAUGUGUUCGGCGUUCUUUUCCACCACUACGCCCGUUGCAUUGAAGGCUUACCUGCGCCAUGUGCACGCGCGUCCAAGAGCCUCGCACGUUACCAUUUUCGUGCCUGGGCUACUCACAGCCCCGUGGACCACGCACCUUAUCCCCUUAUUACGCGACCUCUUUUGCCGCCAGGGCACGGCAAUCGUUGGGUACGACAUCUGCGCUGACGCAGAGCACUACGACGUGGACCUGCGUCACUUGCGCGACCGGAUCCGGCAGGAGCCUCGAAGCACAGCGGAAUCGUCGGCGUUACCACCCGUGUCGAGCGCAGCGUCACCAUUCGGUGUGUUGGUCCUCGCCAGCAUUCGUGGCCGCCGCUUUCGCAAUGGUGAUAAGGCGUGCGUGUUCGCCAAGAUGCAUGGAUGGCAGGUCGUGGAGCUGUGUUUGCCAACGUUGCCGUUGGAUGCGGUGCAUGAGUUGAACCCGCAGCGUCGUCCGCAGUGGCUGAGUGCGCGCCAGGUGCAGCGCGCCACGUCGUCUGUGCGGCCGGAUGUGCGCCUCACCGCCUUCGACGAUGCCGGCAUGUACGGCGGGGCGGUCGUGGAGCUGUGCAGCGACGACAACGCUCUUCUACUGCACAUGAAGCGUCAGUGUCAGCCAGGGCUGGUGGAAAGGCCGGUCGAUGGCGCGGCCGGACAGGCAAAGGCGCGCAACUUCCCCCGCCCCGCCGCAGCGGUGACGCCGCGCAAGCUUCCAUCCUCUGCUGUCAGCGCGACGCUCGGCGCGGCCUCCGGCGCCAGCGAGUUCAUCACCAAGGUCUGGUGUCCAUGGGCGCGCCGACUUUGCGCCGCCGUCUGGCGCGAGGCGAGCAUGCUGCAUCCGGGCGCGGUUACGGCGCAGGAGGCCGUGGCGGCGCUCCGCCGCUUUCCCCUGCAGACGUCUCCGAAGGUGCCCCCACGCGCGCAAGCGCAGCUACGGCGGCUGUUGUCGCCCCGCAGAGGCGGUGUCAGCACGACCGACAACGACAGCGCGCCCGGCGACGCAUCGCGCCACGUCUCCGCUAACACGCCAGUCGAGCAACGCACCACCUAUAUCAAGACCCCCCUCGCCGCCGUUUCGCUAUUCGCCGAACCACAACCCCACGCUGCCUCACCAGUCGACGUCGGCAGCGACCGAGGAGAUAAGGGAUCUCUCACGGUGGCGAAGACCACGUCGCCUGCCAGAGCAGCGGCCGCGGCUCUCAUGGCGCCGGAGGAAGCACUCACGAACUGGGCAGUGGAGCGCCGGAUCCGACUGCGAUGGUCGUCGUUGCUCAUGUCGCUAACUUUUGCCGCUGGCGGCGCACCUAGAGUGGCAAGCGACGCUGCCGCGGCCGUCGGCACCUCUGCGGCGUAUCUCUCUCUGUGGUCCUUUGUCGCACAACUGCCGCCGUGGGUAGUGACUGUCUCGGCGGCGGACGAUGGCGAAACCGCGCGUGGCGAACGCCGCAGCAGUUGCUGCGUCGAGGCCUUCGCCACAGCGCUCCUCGUGCGCGUCGCCUCCCCUCGAGCCGUCGCCAAGCUUCUUCGGGACGAAGCUCUAGUCGACGCGGCCGCGGUGCGGCCGCGCGCAUGGGAUUCCUUGGCGACCACACCGAAUUCAACCGUGGAAGAGGCGCUCACGUUUGAGGAUGCCGUUGUCUUUCCGGGAUGUGACCAAGCAACUCGGCUGAGCGAGGAACUGCUGUACCUCCCGCUGUCACCGGAACUGCCCGUUAGCGCACGAGCUGCAAUGCUGCGAGUCCUGUGGGACAAGGUGCCGCACGCCGGAGAUGCCGCUAGUGCGUCUGUGCGCUCGAGCUGGCUCGAGCGUAGAAAGGCCACUGGUGCUUUAUCAGCUCACGUGCAGGCAACAGUGAAUUCCAUUUACCAAAUGCAUCUUCCUCAAGCACAACGGAGGCUCGAUGGCAAGGCGCUGUCCCCGGCGGCUAGCGCCGGCAACACUCUCCCCAACGGCAUAGCACGGGGCCACAGCGGCGGCACCGUUGUGUCAGCGCAGGAUGCAGAGAAAGUUCAGCAGUUCCUGUUCGACGUUGUACCCGCCUCCUCCGUAACGCCGUCGCUGUCGGCAGGUGCGGCCCUCAAGUCUCUCGCGCAAACCCUUAUCCCAGCGGUGAUGUCAAACCUUUGA